AUGGAAAAGGACAGUAAAGACGUGAAAGCCGGUGAUAAAAGAACCAGAGACAAUGUGAGCAGCGUGAGUGACAAUAGCAUGUGUGAGCAAGUAAGUGUAAGGCAAAAGAAAAAGAAACAGAAGAACGUUAAUAAAGUUAAAAGCGAUGACGACGAUACAGUCAUAGAAAUUGCUACAGAACUAAAAAGCAUUAAUGAAAAACUGAAAAACGUCAUUACCAAGGACAGCAAAGAACUUAAGGAUCUAGUUAAAGAGAUAGUCAUUCAGCUGAAGGAAGAACUGUUUAGUACAUUUAUACAAAGAUUAGAUAAAAUGGAGGGAGAACUGUUUGAUAAUGACAUUGAAAACAACAAGAAAACCAAACAAAUAGACGACUUACGGGGGGAGCUAAAAGAACAAAAAGAAGAAAAUGAACGCCUAAAAAAAGCCAUGAAAAACAACGAGUAUGCAAACCAACUCCACAUAAAUGAACUUGAGCAAUAUAGCAGAAGGAACAACAUACGGAUAGAGGGGAUAGAAGACAGCGAAAGAGAGAAUUAUAUAGAAACGACAGAAAAGGUGAUAAACACUCUGAACGCCCACAUUCCAGAUUUGAAUUUAUCAAAGAUUGACAUCGACAUAAGUCAUCGGAUUGGUCCUUUUCAGCGACAGAAAAAAAGGCCUAUAAUAGUAAAGAUGGUUUCCCGAAUGAGAAGGCACCAAAUUAUGCAGGCGGCGAAACUACUACGCAAGAAAGCACAGCCAGUCUACGUAAAUGACCAUCUGACCAAGCUCAACGCGGAAGUCUUCGCAAGUGUAAGAAGGAAGCAGUCAGACAUUGUCAAAUCAACAUGGACACGUGAGGGAGCCAUCUUUUACAGGGAUGUCAAUGAACAGACACACAAAGUCAAACAGAACAAUAUCGUUUCUGGUUGGACCUUCCCUGGCCAAACUGAGAACGCAAAGUGUUAA